CCUGAGGCUGCACGGUGAGAACCCCGGAGCUUGUGCUACUUCUUAGCUGAGAGGCUGGAGAGAGAGGAUGGGCAGCAAGGAAGAUGCAGGCAAGGGGUGUCCGGCUGCCGGUGGCGUCUCCAGCUUCACCAUCCAGUCCAUCCUGGGCGGGGGGCCCUCGGAGGCACCGCGGGAGCCGGCUGGCUGGCCUGCCAGGAAGCGCAGCCUGUCGGUGUCCUCGGAGGAGGAGGAGCCGGACGACGGCUGGAAGGCGCCUGCCUGCUUCUGCCCAGACUCGCACGGCCCUCAGGAGCCGGGCCCCAAGCACCACCCCCCCAUCCCUUUUCCUUGCCUGGGUACCCCCAAGGGCAGCGGAACCGCGGGGCCAGUAGGCUCGGACCGCACACCUUUCCUCUCUCCUUCGCACCCGGACUUUAAGGAAGAGAAAGACAGGCUCUUGCCCGCAGGGUCGUUGUCUCCAGGGUCCGAGCGGCCUCGAGACGGCGGCGCCGAACGGCAGGCUGGCGCGGCCAAGAAGAAGACCCGCACCGUCUUCUCGCGCAGCCAGGUGUACCAGCUCGAGUCCACCUUCGACAUGAAGCGCUAUCUGAGCAGCUCGGAGCGCGCCUGCCUCGCCUCCAGCCUGCAGCUUACCGAGACCCAGGUCAAGACUUGGUUCCAGAACCGCCGCAACAAGUGGAAGCGGCAGCUCUCAGCCGAGCUGGAGGCGGCCAACAUGGCGCACGCGUCGGCGCAGACUUUGGUGGGCAUGCCGCUGGUGUUCCGGGACAGCUCGCUGCUGCGCGUGCCGGUGCCGCGCUCCCUUGCCUUUCCCGCGCCGCUGUACUACCCGGGCAGCAACCUCUCGGCCUUACCACUCUACAACCUCUACAACAAGCUCGACUACUGACCCGCCCGCCGGCCCAGCGCCACGCGCCACGCGCCUCGCAGGGGCCACCUCUAGCUGCCUGCUGAGUCGGUCGCGCGCUGCACCCUUCAAAGGCUCCCAGCAAGGCGGCAUAUUUCCCGAAAUAUUAAGAAAUACACCAUGUGUAUUCAUUAUUUUUUAUUUAUGGCCUCUGCCCUACUUCUUGCUUUGUUUGUUUGGGGUAUUUAUUGGCAUUCUUCAAGACAGAUAGCCUGCUUUGUACCCAGACCGAACCAAUACGCUUUGAAAACCAUUUGGAGGGGGAUGCUCUCGGGUGGUGGUGGGAGAUGGAGUUUUGUCCAGUUCGCUUUGGUUGGUAGAAAAAACUCAGAAAACACCUGCAAAACAGGUACCCUCCUCCCACAUAUAUACCCCCGUGUACAUGUACAUGCACACACGCUCAGACAGGCCAGGCCUUUGGGGCUUUGGACAACUAUCUAAUUGCCUCUUUUCGUUUCCUUCAUCCUGAGGAUGGGUAGGGGCGGAAGGGGGAGAGUUCAGAUGUGUAAAUAUUUUUAAAGAUAAAAAA